AGCGACGCGUUCGGUUCAGUCCCGCAAUAGUGCUUCGCCUACUGUCAUCGGCGGAACGGUUUUUUUUUUCAACUUAAAGAAAGAUUCGCGAGCGAGCGUGCGUGUAUGAGAGUGUUUGCGGGUGAUUGCUGCAACGGUUAUUUUGUGCGGGUUCGUUUUGCGUUCUUGUUCGUGGAGCGAGGUGUACUCUAGCUAGCAGCAAACAAACAACAGAAGUAGGUGCAGUUCACUGAUAUCUGCUGCCGGGUACAACGAAAAUUCGGCCUCCUUACCUUACCUCCUUUGCGAUGAAAAGAGGCUGCUGCUGAUCGGUGAUCUUUUCGCGCGCGCGUCCCUUCCUGGGUUUCUUGCUCUGGCAUCCAUUUUUUUAGUGUAUGAUGUGAUCUUCCAUUUUUUAUUUAUUUUGUUUGCUUUCGAAUCGGAUUGGGGAAGUUAUGGAUUGGAAAUUCUUCUCGACAUAACACUGGAUAACUGUUGGCGAAAUAAGUUAGUUGCCGUGCUUGCGAGUGAUUAGCCCUGGAUUUUCUCAUCAUGGAUGGAAUCAUUUCUUUUGCGCCUACGAUCGGUGAAUACUCAACAAUCGAAGCAUAAGUAUGAUACGCAAAUCAACAACACAUCUUAUGCUCAGAAUGAAGAAAAAGCAACAAGAUGAGCAGGUUCGAUGGGGAAUUAAGUUUCAAUGCGAUUAGUUUUACCUUCGGAUAGAAAGAAACGAAGAAAAGGGGAAGUGAAGAGCUAAAAUAAUUUAGAGAAUAGCUCUUUGCCUAAUCAACGAAGUAAAAAUUAUUAGCCUCAUUAUUAAUAUUAGAUUUGGGAGAGUACGAAACAAAAGUUCGAGCUAGACAUAGAAAAGUGAUGAGCCCCGAGUGAAGCGAUCAUUUUUUGUGAAACCCUAUCUCGAAUAGAGAUAACAGACAGUGUAAGAUGGAUCGAAAAGAAAGAAACAAACGAUAGGUGAAUUGUGUAAGUCUCGACCUUUUCGGUCGUCGUUGCCUGACAAGAUCACAAAGAAAACCAGCCAAAAUCUUACGAGUGACCACCACUUCAGCUAAUGGAUUAAAAAAUUCUGAACUCCGAGGGAGAGAAGAAGCAGACAAAAAACAGUUAAGAAAACUCAAAACAAGUGUCCAUCGGAGUAUCGAACGCGAGGAAGCGACGAGCAACAACGACCAGAAAACUUUGAAAGAAGUAGCAACAACAACUUCGGGGGAAAGACAUUCACGAAGUUUGGAAUAAAAAGGAACAAGUUUGACCACAGGCUUGAACUCAGGAAUAUCUGGCAUGGUGAAGUAUUUCCUAGUGACACCAAUUGAACUCAACUAACAGCAGAAGCAGCACCAAAAUGAGUCUCGUGAAGCCGACCGGACCCGAAGGAUUUGCGACGAUUCGCACCAGGGGACUUGCCCGAAGCACCAGCCGAUCGGAACAGCUGGCCAGUGCGAGGCGAAGUACCGGAUCAUCGGGGCCGCUAUACGAGAACGCCGGUUCCGCAACCAAUGGCAGUGGCCUCGGCUACAACAAGAGUUCCUCCGCUUCGCUGAUUUGUGUUCCGCCGCCGGUUCCACCGAGAACCAGCUCUGAGCUGUCGAAAGUAAUGCCCGUCCCCCCGAAGCGAAGUUCCCUCGAGGACAAAAACGAAGACGACCUGUACGCAACGGCAACGCUCACUUACGAAACGUUCAAGCCGCUCAAAAGUACUCUUCUCAAGGACAUCGAUGAUCUCGAUUACGUCAACUUGACGCAAUCCAGCAUGGAAAAUCUAUCGUACGACUUUGAAAUGCCGUCGCUCAAAAGCCCCCAGUACAUUACCGAGCUCAAAUUUAUUCAAUCGAAAUCGUCCGAGAACGGAAACAGUUUAUUCCCAAGGCCCGAGAGUCCCCCGUAUGGCAAACUAAGGAACAGCUAUCGUUCGUCAACGCCCGAAAGUGUUGACAAUUGUUCCUCGGGAUCGUCAACUUAUUCGAACCCUCUGCCAGGGAGUGGUAAGGCAAGCAGCCUUAGUGGAUUCCUAGUUCCCAUGGAAGACACGGUAUCCUUCAAACCCUCGAUCCCACCGAAACAAUCCAACUCGAUCCAGUAUCGAAAGUCCUACUCCAACUCCCGAUCGGAGAUCAUCUACGAAGAGCCAAAGAGAUUCCUUCCCCUCAACAAUGGCAGUCAAUCGAGCGAUACCGAUUCCGGCUACGACGGCAGCUACUCCAAAGUACACAAAAGUGCCGAACUGCUCAACGUUCUGCCGCACGACGAUCCGCAACAAACAUCCGGCGGCAGACGGUCCCGUGGUUAUUCCACGUUGGGACAUCCGCGGAUGGAUGUCCGCAAUGGUGGAAUCGGCGGCAGCGAAAGCAAAUCCACCACAUCCCUGAACGAUGCUCACCUUCUGCGGAGCUCCUCCGGAACCACGACGGAACAGCAGCUGCUCGAACAGCAAAAAGUCGGCAGCCAGUCAGCUCUCCGGAAUAAGCCCAUUAUUCCCUGGUACGAGCUGGCCAUCCGGAAGGACAACCGCCAGAGCUGUCCACCAUUGCAGGUGAGUUUCAAAAGAAAAGAAAAACAUGCCAUGAAGAGUUAA